GUGUGUGCGUGUGGAUGUGUGUGGGGUGUGGGUGUCCCUUACGCCCUUCCUCUUCCCCCUCCUCCUCCUCCUCCUCCUCCUGCUCCCCCCUCCUCUCCUCUCCCUCCUCCUCCCCCCUCUCCUCUCCCUCCGCCCGGUCCCCGGCGCCCCUCUCCUCCUCCUCCUCCUCCUCCUCCUCUUCCUCCCCUCGCUCUUCCUCUCCCUGAAUUCUCUCCUCUCCUCCCAGGUCAGUCCAUGGUAUUCCGCUCCCCCCUAGACCUCUAUUCCUCCCACUUCUUGUUGCCAAACUUGGCCGAUCCUCACCACCGCUCCCUACUUGUGGCGAGCGGCGGCUGCGGCGGCGGCGGCGGGACCGGUGCGGGCGGCGGCGGCGGCGGCACAGGCGGCGGCGGGACCGGUGCGGGCGGCGGCGGUGCUGGCGGAGCAGGCGGCGGCGGCGGCGGCUCCAGGCCCCCCCCGGAAGAGUUGUCCAUGUUCCAGCUGCCCACCCUCAACUUCUCGCCGGAGCAGGUGGCCAGCGUCUGCGAGACGCUGGAGGAGACGGGCGACAUCGAGCGGCUGGGCCGCUUCCUCUGGUCGCUGCCCGUGGCCCCCGGGGCGUGCGAGGCCAUCAACAAGCACGAGUCCAUCCUGCGCGCGCGCGCCGUGGUCGCCUUCCACACGGGCAACUUCCGCGACCUCUACCACAUCCUGGAGAACCACAAGUUCACCAAGGAGUCCCACGGCAAGCUGCAGGCCAUGUGGCUCGAGGCGCACUACCAGGAGGCCGAGAAGCUGCGCGGCCGCCCGCUCGGCCCCGUGGACAAGUACCGGGUGCGCAAGAAGUUCCCGCUGCCGCGCACCAUCUGGGACGGCGAGCAGAAGACGCACUGCUUCAAGGAGCGGACUCGGAGCCUGCUGCGGGAGUGGUACCUGCAGGACCCCUACCCCAACCCCAGCAAGAAACGCGAACUGGCGCAGGCCACCGGCCUCACGCCCACACAAGUAGGCAACUGGUUCAAGAACCGGAGGCAGCGCGACCGCGCCGCGGCGGCCAAGAACAGGCUCCAGCACCAGGCCAUCGGACCGAGCGGCAUGCGCUCGCUGGCCGAGCCGGGCUGCCCCACGCACAGCUCGGCAGAGUCGCCGUCCACGGCGGCCAGCCCCACCACCAGCGUGUCCAGCCUGGCGGAGCGCGUGGACACCGGCACCUCCAUCCUCUCGGUAACCUCCAGCGACUCGGAAUGCGAUGUAUGAUGCCCAAGGCCGCCCUCCAGCCCCCCACCCCAUCUCCGCUCCGUGUCCCCCUUCUCCUCCUUGACCUCCUCCUCGUCCUCCUCCUCCUGCCCCAGAACAAACCGGUAUCAGGACGCACCAUCAUACACACACACACACACACACACACACACACAAGCACACUCGACCCACCCCAGCCAAAAAUAUAUAUUUAAAAAAAAAACAAGAAAAAUAAGUUUGAACGCAAACCAUCAGCAACCCCCAACCACCUUUCACCAUCUCGGCCACCCCAGAGGACUGCUACGGUCAACAGACAGCCACAAGCGCUGGUGUUGUGGGCAGACAACAUAAAAGACGUGACCAUUGUAUACUUUCUAGGACACGCACGGCUUCUCCUUUCGGUUCCCACGGACCCGGCACCCCACCUGCAUGACGAUUUAUUUGUAUCUGGGAAAAUAUUCUCUCUAGUUUAAAACGGUUUUAAAAAAAGAGUCGACUGUACAAAAGCCACCACCAUGAUGACAAGACAACAAAAGCAAAAGAGACAAAAAAAAAGAGGAAAAAAAAUAAAACCGCCAUCUCCUUUUGGAAUUUGUUUAAAAAGAAAGAACUCCUGGAGAGGGAAAUGUUUCUUGCCUUUUGUUGCUCUCUCUCUCUCUUUUCUCCUCUCUCUCUUUCUCUCCCUCUCUCCUGUUUUUAAGUCCAAGUAUUGGUCAAACAAGAUGCAAUUUUCUGUUUUUUUGUUCAGCAGACAAUCAUUUUCUUCGUAAGCACCUUUUUCUCUCCACUCUGUCACUGCCUGUGUGGGUACUGGUUAUAAAUGUGGAAAAAGAAUAGUUAUGACUGUAACAGAUUUUUAUUUUUAUUUCAAAAUUUUAUAUGAAUUAUGUAUAUCUUAAUGAUUGGUCAUUUUCCCAGUUUGUAAUAUAUGUGUAGAAAUUGCCUGUAUAUGAUAAUUGCUUUUUCUCCUCUCCCUUCCUCUUUCUUUCUCUCUUCUUCUCCCUCCUUCUCCCUCCUCCCCCGCUCACCUCUUUGCUUUUGGGGGUUCCUCUCCCGUUGGGUGUUUCAGGCGUGCUCUUCCGGGCUGGGGUAGGAAGAGGGACCCCGUCAACAGCAAAAGCGGCGAGUGAGACCGUAGUAUUCUUAAGCAAAAGCUAUUUCAAGUAUCUCCUAGCUGCUUUGGCGAUAUCUCUCACUCCCUGUAGAGCGCUUUUACUGUUAUCUUAACUGCGUGUUUAUCUAUAUGUAAAAACUUUCUAAAGCAAAUACAGUAUUCUCCAUUUUCUUAUUA